AUGGGCUUGCUGUCUCAAGGCUCCCCGCUUAACUGGACAGAAACCAAGAAAUAUGCCGACCAUGUCAGGAAACACGGCAUUCUGCAGUUUCUCAACAUCUACAACAAGGUGAAGGACAGGCAGAAGGAUGUGCUAAAAUGGGGAGAUGAGGUGGAAUACAUGUUGGUCCAACUAGAUAAGACAAAUGAAAAGGCAUGUCUGGUUCUGAAUGGUAACAAAUUAUUGGAGACACUGCAAGAAAAGGGAGAAAAUGUCAACCCUAACCAUCCGACGCUGUGGAGGCCAGAGUAUGGCAGCUACAUGAUCGAGGGCACUCCAGGACAGCCUUAUGGUGGGACAUUGUCCGAGUUCAACAAAGUAAAAGACAACAUGGGGAAACGGAGGAAAGAGGCUUCUUCUGUACUCAACAAGGAUGAGACUCUGUGCACUAUCACAUCAUUUCCCAGGUUGGGUUGCCCGAGUUUCACAAAACCAGAAUAUAGGCCGGCACCUGUUGAAAAGUCCCUCUUCUUCCCCGAUCAGGCCAUCAACAAACAUCCUCGGUUCAGCACUAUAACCUGGAAUGUUUUUCACAGAAGGGACGAGAAGUUGGUCAUUAAUGUCCCAAUCUUUAAAGAUAAAAACACUCCAACUCCAUUUGUGGAGACAUUUCCAGAGGACGAUGGAGAGGCAGCGAGAGCAGCCCUGCCUGACCACAUCUACAUGGAUGCCAUGGGCUUCGGACUGGGAAACUGCUGUCUACAGGUAACAGUUCAAGCUUGUAACAUCAGUGAGGCUCGAUACCUGUAUGACCAGCUGGCCACAUUCUGCCCCAUAAUGAUGGCCCUCAGUGCUGCUUCUCCCUUCUACCGAGGCUACGUUUUAGAUAUUGACUGCCGAUGGGGUGUUAUCUCAGCCUCUGUGGAUGACCGGACUCGGGAAGAACGAGGGCUGGAGCCUUUGAAAAACAACAAGUUUAGGAUCCACAAGUCAAGAUAUGAUUCCAUUGACAGCUACCUUUCUUUUUUUGGGGACAAAUACAAUGAUAUAGAAUUGACGAAAGAUGAUGACAUCUACAAUCAGCUCCUUGAUGCAGGCAUUGACAGAUUACUGGCCCAGCACAUUGCCCACCUAUUUAUUCGUGACCCAUUGUCCCUCUUUGAGGAGACGCUACAUUUGGAUGAUGAGGAUGAAACAGAACACUUUGAGAAUCUUCAGUCCACUAAUUGGCAGACCAUGAGGUUCAAACCACCUCAUCCAAAUACUGACAUGGGAUGGAGAGUAGAGUUCCGGCCCAUGGAGGUUCAGUUAACUGACUUUGAGAAUGCUGCAUAUGUUGUGUUUGUUGUUCUCCUUACACGAGUGAUCCUUUCCUACAAGUUAGACUUCCUCAUUCCCCUUUCAAAGGUUGAUGAGAAUAUAAAAGUUGCACAGAAACGAAAUGCAGUACAAGAAGACCUUUUUUAUUUCAGGAAGGAUAUCUUUAAAGGCUGUACCCCUUCCUUUGACUCCACAGCUGCACAAAAUGGUGUUGGGACUAAUGAAGAUCAUGAGGAGUACACACUGAUGAGCAUUGAUACAAUAAUUAACGGCAAGGAGGGAGUGUUCCCAGGAAUUGUACCAAUUCUAAACUGCUACCUGGAGAAUAUGGAGGUUGAUGUGAAAACACGCUGCACCAUCUUGAACUACCUGAAGCUCAUUAAGAAGCGAGCAUCAGGAGAGCUGAUGACCAUGGCAAGGUGGAUGAGGGAAUUUGUUGCUAAGCAUCCAGAGUACAAGAAAGACAGUGUGAUAACUGACAAAAUAAACUACGAUCUGCUUUGUAAAUGCGACCGAAUUGCCAAGGGGGAGGAGCAGUGCCCUGAACUGAUUGGUGACCCAGCGUCAACCACCAGGCCUUGA